CACUAAUUUAGCAGAAAGGGAGGAGAGAGAGAGGUGGAGAGAGCCUGGCAGUGUGUUGGUGAGCCGAUGGGGGACCGUGAGGCAGGAGGACUCUGCAGUAUCUGACCUGAAAAAAGGAAAACACCGCCGCUGCUGCUGCUGCUGCUGCUGAGAAAACCUACAACACCCAAACGCACCGGGCCGUGCGGGUUUUUCCUGCUUCAGGUGUGCGAUGAGGUGAAAGAAAAAACAAACCCUCCUAACGUCGAUCAUUCAUCCGCCGUUUAUCCCCGAGAUCUCACGGAGGAAUCCGCCGCUGUCCCGGUACGCUUCACUGAGGAGACACCGGAGAGCUGCAGAGGCACCGGGGGGGACGGCAAGAGCUCCGUUUGGGGUUCGUAUCUCCGGGUUUUCCGCCUUCAGACCGAGCGCUCGGUCCCGGAGCGGAGGAGCGGCCGGGGGCCACACGGAGCAGGUUCCUGGGAGUGUUCUUGUGUUAAAGGGGUUAAUAUCGCGGUGCGGUGAUAUCCGAGAGAGACGGGACACUAGCGCCCACCUCCGCCACCCACGCAUCCACCUGCGCCUCCACAAAUGGGUUAAACAUCGGGUUGUUCUUGCAGAGCAGCCUUCAGAGCCUCGGAGGGUCCGUCACACCUGUUCACACCUGCGCACCCCGAGCUGAGGGGGCUCCGUGAUGUAGGAGCCACCGCCCCCCCCUCCCCCCUCACCUCUGCAUCCCCAUCCUUUAAAUCCACGCACCAGCGUAUCUGCACCCCCCCAACCACCACCUCCACCCAGCGUCCCACCAUGCCGGCGGGGAUGAAACCGCUGGAGAAGUUCCUGAAGAAGCAGACCACGGCGCUGACCCGGGCCGGGGGCUUUGUUGGCGGGGUGGCGGACAAGGCCAGCGGGGGCACCGGUGCGUCCCGCCGGAGGGCCAGCCUGUCCCGGGUCGUACCCUUCUUCAGGGAGACGUCACCGGAGAGCGGCCAGGCCAGGGAGGUGUUCAGCCCCGACAGCGAGGACCCCCCCUCCUGGCCCUCAGCCGCAGGGACCGGUCUGGUGACGGUGCCCAGCAGCGCUAACGGCUCCGGUUCUGGAGGAGGAGACGUGCGCAGUCCGUCUCUGUCCAGCGACGAGCAGAGCUCCGAGGCGAGCCUGAUCACAGAGACCAGCAGCGGGGGAGGAGGAGGAGGAGGAGGAGGAGGAGGAGGGACGCCUCUUCCUCCCGACACACCGGACAACCUGACCCUCGCUGUGCUGGACUGCGUGGCGGGAAAACGUCACACACACUGCACAGAAACCCUGCUGGAUGACUUCAUGUUGACACAUCCCAUCUUCCUGACGGUGGACAGGUUACAGCAAGUCCUGCUGCAGCAAUUCACUCUGGAGACAGAGGAGAAGGAGGGAGAGGGGGGAGGGGGGGAGGCAGAGGGUGAGAGGAGAGCGAGGGGAGGAGGAGGAGGAGAGAAGGAGGGAGAGGGGCUGAUGGACGGAGCGGAGAGGAAGCAGGCGGUGCUGAACGUAGCGUUUCGAUACCUGGACACCUACAGAGAGCUGCUGCAGGAGGAGGGCGAGCGCAGCAACAGCUUCCCCAAGGAGCUGUACAUGUGUGCGGUCCAGGAGUUGAGUCGGUAUCCUGAGCUGGUGGAGGACGUCCUCAAACUGCAGAGAUGGACCGAGAUCUUACACUGCCCCUCGAAUGAGGAGAAGGAAAGCAGGAAGAAGCAGGUUCGUCCUCUGUUCAGACACUUCAGACGCAUCGACGCCUGUCUGCAGCCCAGGGAGGCGUUCAGGGGCUCCGACGAGAUCUUCUGCAGGGUCUACACUCCAGAUCAUUCCUACGUCACCAUCCGGAGUCGUCUGUCCUGUCGGGUCGGAGAGAUUCUGGCUCUGGUCAGAGAGAAACUCCAGUACAGUGAAGACCAACCAGUCCUGCCCGGAAACCUCAUUCUGGUGGCCGUCACAUCAGCCGGAGAGAAAGCCGUGUUUCGUCCCAGUGACGAGGCCGUGUUCACCACGCUGGGAGUCAACACUCACCUGUUUGCCUGUGAAGCCUCUGAGCUCGACUCACUGCUUCCUCUUCCUGAGGAGAUCCACUGGACGCCGGGUGACAGCAAACUCCACGACAUGUCAGCGGAGGAGGUGGCCAAUCAGCUGGUGGUGUUUGACUGGGAGCUCUUCAGCUGCGUGCACGAGGUGGAGUUUGUGUGUUACGUGUUUCACGGAGAGCAGUCCCGCUGGCGCCCCCUAAACCUGGAGCUGGUACUGCAGCGCUGCAGCGAGGUGCAGCACUGGGUGGCCACGGAGAUCCUGCAGUGUCAGUCGCUGCCAAAGAGGAUCCAGCUGCUCCGCAAGUUCAUCAAGAUCGCAGCGCUCUGUAAGCAGCAGCAGGACCUGCUGUCGUUCCUCGCUGUGGUUCUGGGUCUGGACAACCCCGCUGUCAACAGACUGCGACUCACCUGGGAGGGUCUCCCGGGGAAGUUCAGGAAGCAGUUUCAGCAGUUUGAGAGCAUCGCGGACCCCUCCAGGAACCAUAAGUCCUACAGAGACCUGAUCACCAGCCUGAGACCUCCACUGAUCCCCUUCACACCUCUGCUGCUCAAAGACUUGACGUUUCUUCACGAGAGCUGUAAGACGUUUCACGGUGAGCUCGUCAACUUCGAGAAGAUGCAUAAAGUGGCAGAGAUGGUGAGAAUCAUCAGACGCUACAGGAGCAGCCAGCUAGCCAUGGAUACAGAGACGUCCCCCUCCCACCUGCAGACGAAGGCCUACGUCCGUCAGUUACAGGUGAUCGACAACCAGAACCUGCUGUUCGACAUGUCCUGCAAACUGGAGCCCAAAGACACAUAGAGGAGACAGCUGAGGUUGGUGAGGACGAGAAAGAGACUGAAAAUGAAGAGGAGGAGGAGGAAGACGACGAUCAGACGCCUCUGUUCAAGCAAUUCGUGUCCAGAAACAACAAAGACAAGGAGGGAAAAGCGAUGGAAGGAGUGAAAACCUACAACCUCUUCGUCCUCGUCGACCUGAGACAAACAAAAACAAAUACAACAGACGUUCUUGAUAAGCAGAGGAGGAGGCGGAGCUUCUUCACCUCCUUCAUCCACGAGCUUGACUGUCCAUAGACUUUUACUGCACCUCCACCUGCCGCUCCUCCUCCCUCGUCCCUCCAUCAGCAGCCGUCCAGGCCGCCACGCUGCCACAACCCUCACGUCCACUAACACACAGAGACGCGCGGUGGGAAACGUUUUUCAGUGAAGCAGAGUUUGCUUCAGCGACAGAUCGUCGUCGUUCUUGCGGGAUCCAUUGUUGAGACGUUCGGAAAGGUCUUCUGUGAGUACUCUGCGAAGACAGACUGAAGACAAUCGGCCGUAACUCAGCAGCCUUCAAACUGGAUCCUAACAUACAGCCGUGUGAGCAAACGGUGCCUUUAGAUGAUAAAACAGUUUCAGUGAAGCAUUAGUGCUUUUCUUUUUAAAUCCUUUUUUAUUCAAGACAAGAGAAUCAAUAAAGUCUCGUACUUAAUUGAUUCAACAGUCCAACAAACAGUUUGAAAUAGGGAUGUCACGAUACUAGACAUUUAGCAGUCGAUACCAAUACCCGUGAAAAACCACGGUAAAAAACUAAACAAUAACUUCCAUCAUGAACGUACGCUCCUUUAAUAAAACAUUUGAACGUUACAAAAAACAACUAACAGCUGUGAAAGUUGUGGGAGGACGUUCAGGACGUACGAGAGGUGGUUUGAUGUCAAUAUAUUCAUGAAUGAAACUCAUAAUCAAACUCACAGGUGUGAAAUGUUUAAGUGUGGUUUGAGAUUUCUAUGUUGAAAUGCAUCGAGUUGCCCCUUUCAGACGGCCCCUAACUCCUCCCACAGUAACAGGAGCGUUCUUCGCGCUGCAAGCUGCAUCGUCAUCUUUGGUGAUUUUGAGUCGAUCCAAACUGUGAAACGUCCGCCUGAAUUAGAUCUCGAACACAACGGGGAGGAGUCCAGGCUUUCAGACGGAGCUGUUGAAGGUAACAGCAGCGGAAACCGACCGAAUGUUUAAUAUGAAACUAACUUCAUCACAGUUCCCAUAAAAGAUCCACAUGUUGAAUCUCCUACAGAAAAACAAAAAGUUUGGUAUUGACUUGGUACCGGAGGAUCAGACCUCGUGACAUCCCUCAUCUGAAGAGAUAAAGAACUACUUCAAAUAGUAGAUGACAUUCAAAAGUUUAUAAACUUGGUCACAUGACAUGACUUCAGUAUUGUGUUGAUAUAAAGUAAACCUUCUCGAACACCCGUUACUUGAGCAUGAAAACGCCCCCUUUACAUAUUCAAAACAGCCAUUUAUAUUAAAGUAUAUAUUAAAGAGUUAAACGUGACGCUGAAAACUGCAUGCGAACAUCAUGUCCAAACCGCUGACAGCGGGCAGCCGUGUGUUUGCUCAUUGGCUGCAUGUUAGGAAGUGACGAUGGCCGAUAGAGAGACGAGUCGCUGCUCUGAAGAAAUGAAUCCUCGUAAUGUUGUUGGACUCGGUUACUUCCUUUUUCCUGACUUUCUGCACUUUCCUUCCACCUGUGGCGGCUGACCAAUCAGACUAGAGACAAUCUGACCACGUGACUGACACCUGCUGACCUUUGAACCCUCCAAUGAAAGGCCUCCACCCUGUCGUCCAACCGCCAUUUCAUGAGAAACAAGAAUUUUACCGUAUUGGCCCGAAUAUAAUAGCGCAUCAGAUAUUGUUUUUUCGCCACAGAGUGUUGCAUCAUGGGUCGGUUUGUGUGAGGAAGGUUAUGGUCUCCUCAUCGCUCACAGAUAAGUGGUGUCUCAGACCUCCUCCCCCGUUGAGCGAUGGUCUCUCUACUUUUUGUAAAUGUUUUCCUUUCCCCGUCUUUCACACCUGUUACAUAUUUUGUAUCUUCAAAACGACAUUUUCAGAAAAAGACGAGUUUGUUUAAUCGUCAGGGUCGUCGUUAUAUUUGGGUCAAUACGGUACUUCUGCGAGGAUGCACGUAAACAUCUCUACGGACCUACACAGUGUGAAGGCCGUUAUGAUGAGGGUGCAGACACCCAAAUAUCAUCAAACGCCGCACGUCAAACAGCUGACUGGUUGAUCCAACUUCCUGUUUGGUGGCAGGUUUGAAACACUGGAAUUGAACUGGAUUGGCUGAAGUUACACCCUGAAAUAUGACGAUGCGUUCACUGACGGUCGUUUGGGUCGGUCACGGUGCGCUCGUGGACUCAUCACAUGAUGGGAAUUAGUUAGUGGAGGACGGUCUGGAUGUUUCCUCGCUGGAUCAGAGUGUGUAGAUGCUGGUUUUCUACCGAACGUGAUCUCAGUUUCAGCCUGAAGACGCUCUUCGGUCUUUUCUGCUUUUUGUUUCAGGACUUUGACGAAGAACAUUAUCAUUAACUGUCUCUCACAGUGUUUUAUGAUCCAACAGGAGAGUUGGAAAAUUCACACACGAUAGUUUUCACACUUGCUUUAAAGGACCAUACUGGUGUUUUUUUAAUGUUUGAACCAGUCACACACAGUGUUUUACAUCUAGUUCUUUCCAGGCAGCCGUUGGCUUCAGACGUGCUUUCAUUUCAGUCGUCAGUCGUAAUAUCAGUAGAUAUUAAUCAAGAGGCUUUAAUAAAAGUUUGACUUAAAACUCCUACCUUAAUGACAAAAGUGUUAUAAUGAACUUAAAAUCUAAAACACACAAGUCUGUUUUGGAAAGUGUUGUGUGGAGAGAGUUGGAGUAAAUUGGCUAAAACAUGCAAAAAAACACAGGUAUGGUCCUUUAAUUAAUCACAAGCUGACUGAACUGAUAAUCACAUGGCAGCCAAUCAGCUGUGUUUAUGACAACAUACCAGAGACAUGAAUACAAACAUCGAAAAGAGUCGACAGGAUUUUUAUUUUUUUUUUCUCUCAGCGUUUGGGAUCUAAUUACUGAACGACCAAUCGGCUGUAAGGAAUGACCCAAUCAGCCCCACAGAGCUGCCCUGCCAUUGGUCAGUUCAGUGGAUUGGCGGGUCGAGGUCCAAGGCAAUAAUACAGCGACAGGAAGUGAAGCUGGUUGGUCAACUUAUCGCAGCAACAAAGCACUUUUGCCAAACCUCAGGGCUCAGAGACACAGAGAGGUUUUGUUUACUCUUUAUUCUAGAUUUUCAGUAGAGUUUGGUUCAGUUGAGUCCAGUUGUGUUGCGAUCGAUUGGUUCUGUGUUGUACAGCUGAUCACACUUCAAUCAUAUUUACUGUACUAAUAGAAAUCUACAGAGUUGUUGUUUUUCUGCUGUGAUCACCACCAGGUCUGAGUCCAGCUGUCCACAUGGAAACAUUGUCUUACUUUGGUUUUUGGAGCCAGAGUCGUGCACUGAAGAGUUUUUAGAAAGAAAUCAUAGUGAAAGCCUUCCAGCAGCUCGCAAACCCAGAGCUUUUGAGACCAAAGCCACCAUCUUAUAAAAAAAGAAAGAAGAAAAAGUUAUAAUAUUGUGACAAAAAGGUAAUUUUACAACACUGACUUAAUGAGUGUGUGAGCCCCUCUCCAUUAUAGGCUUUACCUUGUGUUAAACAUUCAAAGUAAUUAUACAAACACUUCUCAUUCCCAAAUUAGCUAUGCUUUGUCGUGUCCUUCGGCGUCUGGCGCCAACGCACAUGGCAGCUUUUAGUGCCGCUGCUGAACGCUAAAAGUAGGCAUAUUAUACAUAACAGAAAGGUCACAGUGAAGUGGAGGUUCGGAUGGGCUAGUGGUUUAGAAACCGGAGACCAGUGUUCGUUUCGUGUGUGAAACAAAAAGUCAACAUUGAUUUAAGUCACAUAAGUUACGUAGUUAUUUUAACCCAAACCUUUUCCUAAACCUAACCAAACUGCGACGUUUCACAACGUUAACCACUAGUUUUAUUUUGAAAGUCUAACCGGAUAUUGCAUAUUUAAUUAAGCUAACUUAACCACGAAGCCCUGCAUGUGUAAAGACGACGUUAAAGGGUACAAAGGGCGUUAAAAAGCGACACCAAGGGGUCUUAACCAAGCGUCCAUAAGUGACGAGUUGGGAUGAGAACAGGUCGAAUUUUCAGUCGAUUUCUUGCUUUGCGAUGAAACUCUUCAGUCAGGACCGCUCACGUGUUUGUAAAAAUGACCUGAAAAGGUGUAAAUGGUUUUAAAAAAUGUUGUCUGUGCUCAGCUCUGGUGGACGGUAAGACUUUGUCAUACUCCAUCUGUACCAUAACAUCCUGUUUGUAAAAGCUCAGUGAGGCUGAUCCUGUCCACCUCCCAUCCACGUCAGAACAAGACCAGGUAAUAUCUCUAUGAAGAGAUAAUGUCUGUUUUAUUUUCUUAUUUAAUUUUACAACCUGGCUCUUAUUUUGGCAGCUUUGUGACGCUGUGGUGAAACAAGGCUAAAAAAACAGGACGUUUCAUUUAAGGAGUAACUUAAACACUAAAUCACUGCACGAGGUGAGAACAUCGACCAUGAUUUCCACCUCGGGUAACCGAUGGCUGCUGUAACGCAACAGUCCUACAUUUUCCUUUUAACUUUGCACUGCUUAACCAUUUUGUAAUAGUUGCUGUUAUGUUUUUACAAUAGAGGAUCUCUAAUGGGAGUUAAACUCAGGACAGGAUCGUAACAGAAGUCUCAAAUUUUCAUAAGCUAUUUUACAGCACUUCAGAUGUUGAACACGAUGUGACGUGAUGCUGCUGGAUUUUGAAAACCUCCAGAACCUCUCCAGUUUGACAAGACCUUAUAUAUGUUUUUUCUCAGCUCUCAUUCAGUAUGACGGUGUGCAUAGUUCCAGGUUGGAUUUGGGCCACUUUCGUUUGUAGUCCAAAUCAUAUAUCAAGAUUAAAAAGAACGCAUGCGACCUAAGUAUGCUAGUUUGAAUUUGAACUCCCUUAAACAUGAGAUCAAGUUUGAACUCCAGUGAGCAGGAGUUUGAGUUAAAAUUUCUGGGAACAAGAGUCGAAACUCAAGUCGGAACCCCUCUAGAUAAUAGUUUGAGCUUGAACCCAAGUUCAAACGCCCACGAGUUCAAACUCACAAACACACGAGUUUGAGAAAAGCAUAUCGUGCGUACUCGAGAGUUUUGACAACUCUUGAUUGUUUAGCAGUCGUUGCGUCCGAUGGUUAGGGUGGGGUUAGGGUUAGCCAAUCAGAGACAGAGUAGGGGGCAGGACUCGACGCAAAGCUGAUGUCCGUCAAAUGAGAAUUGUAGAAACUGGUUCUUCGACAUGUUUUCAGUUGAGCAUGACGUAUUUGAAGAACGGUCGGUCUGAGAUCACAAUGAGUUUUCAGGACUAUUUGCUGUUAAAGGUCUUGUCGAGGUGGAAACGUUUGCGGCGGUUUGGUCGGGUUCAAAGUUUGUGAAACCCAGCGAAGAUGACAUCAACACUAGUCUGCCGGUGGCUCUCUCAGGACCACUUCCUGGGUGUCUGGCGUUUUGUUAUGGAUCCCACCGUAGUUCUGGGCAGAAACAGAAGUCCUGAAUCCCAACUGUCUCCAAUUUUCACCUAAACAAAACAAUUCUCAACGUUGAACUAACCUGAUCAAACCUUCAGUUCAACCAGUGUUUCGGACCAAUCGCAGCUUCUGCCUGUAAUUCUGCUGAUAUCCAUAAUUUCUGGAGGUGGGCAGCCUCUUGGGUCGAGGCCAGCCGCUGGAUGAAAACACUGAAAAAAUGUGUAUAUAGUGCAACCCUGUUAAUAGGCAAAUACUAACGGAGACUCUAUUUUAUGUAUGAGCUGAGGGAGAGACACUAACUCAAGGAGAAUAUUUGAUUUGAUGUUUUUAUUUGUAAAAGUGUGCGAGAAAGUGUACAGUAAUGACAGAAAGAGAAAGAUGAUGAAUUUAUGACUUUAUGAAUUGUACAGUUAAAUCUCUUCAGUUUGAUUGUUCUGUUUUCUAUCUAAAGCUUGGGGUUGUUUCUGUUUGUUUUUUUGUACAGAAGUGGUUGUUUACAUCAAUACAAGUCCUUAUUUCUGUGAUCGUCAGACAGACGAUGUGUUUGGAGCAAAGGCCUGGGAGGAGGCGGGGCCUGGAGGUUUGGCGUCAUAUUACAGAAUAAUCAGGAAAAUAACCAGUCUAGCCUGCUUUAAUGUAUGACGUGUGAGUAAUAGUUAAGUGAUUUUUCUUUAUUUUACCAGAAGCAGGUCGUGAUAUGUGAUUAAAUUUAAUUUAUCAUAAUGUAAUAAUAAUGACAUUUUUGAGAAUUGUUUUGAAAAAUAUUUCAAGAUAUGGACGCAAUUUCUGUCUAAAAGUGGUAUACAUUAUAAUUUUACUUCAAAAAAGGACUUUAGUUUAGAAGUUUGAAUUUUAUGAGAAAUUAUUAUAAUUUUUAAGAAUUAAGUUGUAAUUUUGCAAGAAAAAGUUGUCUUAAAAAAUUAUUACUAGAUAAACAAAAAAAGUAGUAACAUUUCAAGAAUAAAGUCAGAAUUUUAUGAGAAGUCAUAAUGUCUUAAUAAAGUCAGAAUUUUGAUGGUAACAAUUUGAUUAGAUAAGUGGUAGAUAGUAUAAUUUUACUAAAAAACAUUAAGAAAGAAUAAAGUCAAUAUUUAGAGAAGAGGGCCGUAAUUGAUUGAUUGAAUUGUCUCUUUACAAGAAUCAUAAUGUCAGAAUUGAGUCAGAAGUUUGAGAAAAGAUUUGUUUUUAAAAAAACUCUUUUUUCUCAUACUAUGACUUAAUUCUGUCAUUUUCUUCUGUUAACUUCUGUUAUGGAUUGGCAUUAAAUAAAUACAAUUUAAUUGAAUUCUUAAAAUAUUUGUACAAAUUUAGAACUCUAUUGUUGAAAUAUUUGGACUUUCCUCAUAAAAUUACAACUUUCGUCAUAGUCCAACUUAUUCUAGUUUUUAAUGUCCGACUUUUUCUAGUAAAAUUAAUAUUGCUUCAUAAAACACACAGUUAACUUUUUUUUACUAAAAUCCAAACCAUAUGUUGAAAUUUUCUCACAAAAUUUAACUAUCCCAUCAUAUAAUUUUGUUCCCCCCACAACUUUAUUUUCUUAAUUUCUCGUGUUUUUUCCCCCAGAAUAUUAUUACUUUAUUCUCAACAUAACGCCCCCUAACAGCAGCCCUGACACACUGUACUGAUGCACUUUAUCGUGCCGUUAUGUUUAUUAUCUGCAAAAACAAUCUUUUUGUCCAAGUCUGGUAGCGUGUAUAAAAUAUUUUGUUUAAAAUGAUUUAAGUUCAGCUACUAUUGGCCAAAAAAAUUAUUUGAAUGGGGGGGGAAAAAAUGAAAUCCUAAUUUAUCUAAGGAAAUGUUAUAAGCCGAGACAAGACAGUGUACACGUUUAAGGAUUUAAGAUGUUAAUUUUGGUGAGAAACAGAUGAAUUGGAAAGCUAUUAAUUACGCUGAAUCUAACUGCAUUGCAGCCUUUAGGUGAAGUUCAGAAAUUGAUUUGUAGCUCAGCUAAAAUGAUUGAAAGAAACCGAUUUGAAACUGGUCUCGUCUCCUCCAGACGUGUUGCUCCCUCUGCUGUCACACUACAAACACUGAAAUAAAACCUCUGGACAACAACAA